CCUCCAAAUAAACCACGCAAUAUUAGCGACAAAUCCACACCCCACCGCCAAGUCCUCCUCCGCCGGAAUCUCGAGCUCCGGCGACGACACCCUCUCGGAAACUCCCUCCUUGGAGCGACUUUGUUCUCUCUCCCGGCGUCUCUCCGUCUUCGCCGGGCUCUGAGGCGGUCUCCGGCGGGCCUCCGCCGGAAGGUGGUGGUGAGGGUUCUACUUCUUCUGCUGCUGGCCUGAGGUCCCCGCAACCCCGACCUGCAUGAUGGGGUUUUCCCUCUACCCCAUGAAGACGUCGACGCGCCUUCUCUGGAGCACCAGCUUCUUCCGCCAUAAGACCAUCUUCAUCCUCGCCUUCUUCUUCUUUUAAGCUCCCGCAGGGAAUCCCCUUCGAUCGAUCGAUCGAUCCAGAUCGACAUCCAAGGGAGACAGAAAGAGCACAUAGACACUCAUAUCUAGAAGCGAGUACCUAGACAGACACAUACAUACCCGUCGAAUCCAGAUCUGACCGUCGAUCGAUCCGAUCUAAGACCAAGGGAUGGGUUCUAGCUGUCUGAUCUUUGAUUCCUCUUCGUCCUCGUCCUCCCGCGGCCGCCUGCUCGUCUUGGGCGGCGGGAGUCCCAUCUUUCAAGGUGUGAGGUCGGUGGUGGCUGGGGAGGAUGGCGGUGCGAGCAAGCGGCGGCCGUUCUUCACCUCCCCGGAUGAGAUUUAUGAGGAGUACUACGAGGAACAGCUGCCGGAGAAGAAGCGCCGCCUCACGCUUGAACAGAUACAUUUAUUGGAGCGGAGCUUCGAGGAGGACAACAAGCUGGAGCCUGAGCGAAAGAGCGAGCUAGCUCGAAAACUAGGAUUGCAACCGAGGCAGGUGGCGGUCUGGUUCCAGAACCGGCGUGCUCGAUGGAAGAACAAGCAGCUCGAGCGCGAGUUCGAUCAGCUCAGAUCCUCUUACGACGCUCUCCUCGCCAAUCACGAUGCCCUCCUCAAGGACAACGACCGCCUGCGGUCGCAGGUGAACUCACUGAUCGAACAGCUACAAGCGAAGGAGCAGGGUGCAUCCGAGGUCACUGGGGUAGUGCAGCAUGAGCAGGCGGCUUCAAGUGCUGAUCUGAUGGCCCCGAACAUCCAGCAGACUGUGGAGUUGAGCACCGGGAGUGGCGGGAGCACAGUGGUGGUCGAAGCGGAGGGCACUAACCACCCGGAGGAGAGCAGCCGGCAGUCUUACCUCCCGGAGACCUACCACGGUGUGGGGCUGGUCGCCUGUGGCAUCCGCACCGAGGACGACGAUUUGAGCGACGAGGGAUGCAGCUAUUACCCUGAUGCCAUGUUCAUGGAAUUACAACACCAGGAGGAGGAGGCCCACCUGCCAUGGUGGGAGUGGGACCAAAUGUAACGUGGAUGAGUACAACCUUCGCUCCUGCGUGCUGCUGCUGCUGCUUCAUUUUCUUCCUCAGUUUAUGUUCAAAUGUCCACGACUAGUACUGUUGCAUGUGUAGUUUCUGUAAUGUAUGAAGGAAUGUUCGAAAUCUUGCAUGAAUGUCCGGAAUAAGUGGUUGGAGGAAAAGACUCUACAUACAUAUUUGCGUUUAUGAUAUUUAGAAGAAAACUAUGUUUGUGUUUCUGGCUUUAUCUAAAAUCAAA